AUGGAUCCAUUAGACCCUGAAUAUUCAUUUAAAUUCCUAACUGGCGGUGCACCUAUAAAGAUAGAAAAGGUGUUGGAUAUCGAGGUGAAACCCGAUAGUCUGAAAACCACUGCUAUUGUGACAGCGAUGGCUGCUACGGUGGUGGCCGGUGCAGCUGCCGCCUACUAUUGGUUCAAGAAACCGGAUGGCGACGACGACGAUCCCGAUAUCGAUAUUGAAGACGACGAAGAAUCGGGUGACACCAUCAUCACAACCAUGACAACCACCACCACUACUACAUCCUAUCUGACACCGCAGCAGCAACAUCAGAGCAUUGGUGCAUCCAGCUCGUCGAGCAGCGUCACCACCAGACUGCCACUGCAACCGCCAAAGCCAAGCAGUGCAACUACCAACCCACUCAGACUGACCGACGACACCGGAACACCUCUGCCUCUCGAUGAACAAAACAAAUUAAUAAUGACCGAGAACAAACUAUUAAAGAAAGAUUUAGAUAAUUUAAAUAAUUGGGUUAAUGAUCAAAUGAUGAAUUUUGAAGAUCGACUUCAUAGAUUGGAAGCAAACAACAUAAAGAGAGUCAGAGAUUUGGAAUCGGAUUUGGAUAAGGAAAGAUAUUGCGGUAUUUGCCAAGAACACGAGAAACAAGUUUGCUGGUCGAGUUGUGGUCAUAGAUUGUGUGCGAGAUGCGCCAUCGUCAUUAAGAGUACAUUAAAUCCAAUUUGUCCUCACUGUAGAACUCAAGUCGAUUCAUUUGUAAAAUGUUAUAAUACAUAA